AUGUCUGAAAAUGUUGACUUUCCUUGGCAUAUCGGUGUUUAUGAUGCCCAUUGCCAUCCAACCGAUACUAUGGAUUCUAUCGAGUCUAUGCCUUCGAUGAAAGCAAGAGUUCUGACUGUCAUGGCCACUAGAGCACAAGAUCAAGAGCUCGUUGCUCAAGUUGCCAAUAUUUAUGGUCUGAAAAAGCUGCAAGCAAAUGAUCAUCCGAGCACGGAAUGCGUGAUCCCUUGUUUUGGAUGGCAUCCUUGGUUCUCAUAUCAAAUAUUCGAUGAUGAUGAUAAAGACUUGCCUGAUCCAUCCCUACUUAAUACAGAGAAAUUUAAGAUCGAUCAUUAUCAAAAGGUUCUAACACCAAGACCAGACGACAAACGGUUUCUGGAAUCAUUACCACAUCCUCGACCCCUAAAAGAAUUUCUUCGUCAAACGAAACAGUAUCUUUCAAAGUAUCCGCUGGCAUUAGUGGGAGAAAUAGGACUAGACAAGCAGUUUCGCUUGCCUAGAGAUUGGUCCGAGAAUGUUGAAGGGCCUCCAGGUGCAGGACUUACACCUGGUGGAAGAGAAGGUCGACGCCUUACGCCAUACCGAGUCCAGAUGGACCAUCAAAAGUUGAUUCUUAAGGCUCAGUUAAACCUUGCAGGUGAAAUGCAGCGAUCCGUGUCUGUUCAUGGUGUGCAAGCGCACGGUGUUCUAUUUGAUACCUUACAAGAGACUUGGAAGGGCCAUGAGCGGCGAGUCGUCAGUAAACGAGAGAAGAAAAAGAUUGCUGGAAUACCGCCUGCCUUAGAUGAUACAGAUGACGAUGAAUAUUUAAAAUAUGAAACGGAGAAACCAUUCCCUCCUCGUAUCUGUCUCCAUUCAUACUCUGGACCUCCGGAUACUCUCAAACAAUAUUUUCACCCUUCAGUCCCAGCUGAAAUAUUCUUUUCAUUCUCAGCAGCCAUCAACAUGUCCUCACCAGCUAGUUCUAAGGCUAUUGAAGUCAUUAAAGCUGUGCCUAAUGACCGUAUACUUGUUGAGAGUGACCUCCACAUUGCUGGUGAUAGAAUGGACAACAUGUUAGAAGAUAUGUGUCGGAAAAUCUGCGAGAUCAAAGGCUGGGACCUUGAAGAUGGUGUGACUAGAUUGGCAGAGAAUUGGAAACGUUUUGUGUUUGCUUGA